AAAUCUCACCACAGCCAUUUUAAAAUCCUCAAAACCCUCUUCAAAACACAAAUUUGUUGGCAAAGCUUUUACUGCUUCAGAUAUGGAGACUGAAGUCGUGAGACGAAGAGUCCACAAGAUUGCAGGCCACUUUGUAGCACCCACAAAUGAUGAUAUUAUCUCUUCCACCACCCAUCUUCUUCCCAUGAACUGCAGCGGUUUCAACUCUGUGAUUCGAAGGUGUGAUAACAGAAUGUAUUUUGCACGUCAAGCGUCUAGUUCUCAAGGUUGUUUCAUGAGGCCAAGUUCAAGUGAACAGAGUCCUUGCAAUGCUUCUGAAGCACCAUUAUUUGCUAGGCCUUCUCUACCUCUUAAAUGCUCCAGACUCACAGAUGAGGGCUCUUGCAAUACUUCUGAAGCACCAUUAUUUUCUAGACCUUCUCUGCCUCUUAAAUGCUCUGGAUUCAUAAAUGAGGGCUAUUGCAUGGCUUCUGAAGCACCAAUGUUUUGUAGACCUGCAAGGAUGGAACUAAACAAUGCAAAAUUUUCUAAAAUCCAACCUCAGGUGCAAGAUUGCAAUUUAUCCACCUCUGAUAUUCCUAAGUUUUCUGAACCAGAUAGAAGAAUUCGUCCAAAAGAGCAAUUCUGUUUGAAGAAAAAAACAUAUUUGUCUGAGUCUAGAGGAGCCCCAAGGAUGGAUGUAAGAGAAUUGGUACACAAUUAUGUCAUGAUCAUAGAAAUUCCAGGCGUUGGCAUCAAUGACAUUAGAGUGGAAGUCGAUGACCAAAACUUAAUUGUGAUGGCAAAACAUUCCGACAAGCAUUGGCAAGUAACAGGUAAUUCAAAUGGCGCAUAUCACAGGAGAGAAUACAGGGAAGAGCCAUACCAGGUCGUGUGGCCAAUUCCUUCGGAUGUGAAUAAAGACAGUAUAUCGGCUGAGUUUCUAAAUGGAUUCCUACAAAUCAUUAUUCCCAAACUUUGAAUUCUUAUUUGCAGCCAGUAUUAUUUAUGCUAAGAUACUGUUGAUUGAUGUAGAAAAUGUACUAGUUAUACAUGUAAAAUGGUAUACUUGUAUUGUUGUAGCUAUUCGGGAUCAAAUAAUUAGUAGCUUAUGAGCUACUACUCAAUGUAAACUUUCUACUAAUAGUGCAAUGGUAAUGUUGCUUGAUAA